CAAUUGUCAUUGUCAGUUCAAAAAUUCAUUGUCUUCAUUGUUCAUUGCAAUUGGAAAUUGAAAACAAUGCAAUUUUCUUUAAUUUUAAAUAAAUAAAAUGGGAUUUCUGACUAUCUUAAAAAAACUACGACAAAAAGAAAAAGAAAUGCGUAUACUUAUGUUAGGACUCGAUAAUGCCGGUAAAACGACAAUUUUAAAGCGAUUUAAUGGGGAGCCAAUAGACACGAUCUCUCCUACUUUAGGUUUCAAUAUAAAGACGCUCGAGCAUCGAGGAUACAAGCUCAAUAUCUGGGACGUCGGCGGACAAAAAUCCCUGAGGUCAUACUGGAAGAACUACUUUGAGAGCACAGAUGGAGUGGUGUGGGUGGUGGACAGUGCGGACGCCAGGCGGCUGGCGGACUGCGCCAAGGAGCUGCACACCCUGCUGAGGGAGGAGCGACUGGCGGGCGCUACACUGCUGGUGCUGGCUAACAAGUCUGACCUUCCCGGCGCUCUGACGCUGCAGGAAAUUAGAGAGGCGUUAGACCUGGACAGCAUCAAAACCCACCACUGGCGCAUAAUGCGGUGCUCGGCUGUGACUGGGGAGAACCUUCUAGAAGGCAUGGACUGGAUGCUCGACGACAUUGCCAACAGGAUAUUCACCCUCGACUAGACUAUACCGGGACCAAUGUACAUGCAUUCCAUAUAAUAUGUAUAAUAUAUGUAGUAUACAUACUCAGGAAAUGAUCUUAAAUCUAUAUUCUAAGUGGAAUGCACUGGAAAAUUUUGGUUAAUGUUGGUUAUAAAACUCAUUACUUAUUGUGAUUAAUUUAUUACUUGUCAUAUAUGCCUGCUAUGUUUUAUGAAAGUUUCAUGUUUUGUUUGUUGUUCCAAACUUGUAAACAGCCAGAAAUAUUCAAUUUGUUUUUGUGCUCUGUAGUUCUUUUAUAGCCCCAAUUAAAUAUAAGAUUGAAGAAAAUAUAAAGCUCAAAUUGGUUCAUUGGCAGUAAUUAAAUUAAAAAUAGUUUCUUUUUCUAUUUUCUUUAAAAAUCUUUUCUCUUGAUCUUUUAAAAAUACUGCAUAUUUUGUCUAAAUAAAGUUGAAAUUGGUUUAAAUAUUAUUUAUUUAAAAAAAAUAUUCAUGGAUAUGCCAAAUUAUUUAUACACAAAACUUUCUGUGUAUGUUAGCUGAGAUCUCCAUAGAAUGUGUUAGCUACUAUUCAUAAGACUAAAUAAUAAUGUAAAAUAUAUAAAAUAUUGAAUUGAAUUUUGCCUAGAUUAACUUAAAAUUUAUUAUAUUUUUUUUACAUCAUUAUUAGCAUAGUAAAUAACUACUACACUAGAGGUUCAGUGUCCAUUAUCGUAUGUUCGUAUGCAAGAAAGGCGAUGUGGACUUCAUAUUACGUCAACCAGUAUUUUAAUUUCAUUCUAAGCUUAUUAUUACCUGUAAUUUUAUAAAAAAUAAAAUUUCUUAAUAACACCAAACAA